AUGAAGAAAUAUAUAGGAAAACUCAAACAUAUUACAAUUCGUUAUGAGAAAAGUUCAAAUAUUAUAAUAGUUUUUGGUGGGGUCAAAAUUAUCCUCUCAGAAACACACUGUUUAGAAUAUCUUUUAGUAUAUUAUUUUAUGGAUAAACAUAUCGAUUAUUGCUUAAAUUGUGAUAUUUGUAAAGCUCUUUUGAAAAAAUGCAGCGGUUUUAUGUAUUAUAAUUAUCAUGCACUAUAUAAAUAUCUUUGUCCAAAAAAAACAUGUAAAAAUUUAGUAAAUGCUGUUAAUAAAGAGUUUAUAAAGAAGAAGGUUCUUUUAAGAAAAGAAGCAGGAAAUCCUGAUUAUAAUACAUACAUAAAGAUCAAAGAAAUAUGUACUGGAUUAACAUCAUAUUCCAGUUUUACUUUAGAAUUAUCUGCUUUUUGCAAGGUGCCUUGUGAUAUAAAUAAUUUAGUAAAUUUCGAAAUAGAUAUACUUAAAGAAAGCAACACUAUUUUAUUGUUAAAUGUUAUUUGUUUCAACUAUAUUGGUGUAUACUGUUUAAAAAAUAAUUUAAGUUAUGCAUCUAUUGAUAAAAGAAUAUUUAUAGGGACUUGUCCUAGUUAUUUAAAUAAAUUGUAUUCUGCAAUCAAAGAAAUAUAUACUAAUGCAUCAGCUCAUGAUAAAAGAAUUAAUAUUUUAAUCAAAAUACUUGGCAAAGGAACGUUUAACGAUAAUAAAUGUAAAAAAAAAAAAAUAACUGAAACAUGUAAAAAUUCUACUAUAGAACAAAAAAUAUUUAAUACUAAAUGUAACAAAUUACUUCCACCAAUAUCAGUACCUUUAGCUACAACUGAAUCAGCUACGAGUUCACCAAGUUUACCGACUGUAAAUUCAUCAAUUGUAAAUUUAUCAACUAUGAAUUCAACUAUACACAUAUCAAUUACACGCACAUCAAUUGCAUACUCGUUAUUCACAAAUUCAUUAAUAUCUACAUAUUUAAGGCCUAGAUCAACAGUAUCACCUGAUAAUCAUAGAAAAACCUAUAGAAUCAAAACAUAA